AUGUCGCUCAGACGAUCAGCCCGACUGGGCGCCAUCCCAUCACUGACAGCUCCAAUGUCAAGCGCUGCACCUGCACCUGCACUCAAAGUGACAAGAGUACAGCACAACAACAGCAUCACCAAGCCACGCAAACCUACAAUCAAAAAGGCCACUACAAAGACGCCCAAGAGCAAACACACAACACCCCCACUUCCAACAACCUCUACCACUACUGCAACAAGCUCAUCAUACUGGGACUCAACCCCAACAUCCGCAACAACCAGACCCUCCACACCACCCCCAUUAAACCGUCCCGUCGACCCGCACCGAACAAACGCAACCCUCCUAACUCCCCACGGCUCCUCGAUAAACGCCUACCCAACAACCCUCGCCGAAGCCUCGCCCUCGAAAACAGGCCUACCCCACCCAACCGCAACAACAGGAACCCUUCUAGACCAAGGCCUCGCUCACCUCAUCGCCACAGACCCGCGCCUUAAACCCGUCAUCGAAGCACACCCCUACCCCUUCAAUAGUCUUACCAGCAGCAUCAUCGGCCAACAAGUCUCCGGUGCAGCGGCAAAGUCCAUCCGAAACAAAUUCGUCGCAUUGUUCAAUCUACCGGGAACUGCCGCCGCGAGUGCAGAUGCAAGCGCAGGAGUAGAAGAAGGCGGACUUGCACAUUCGCGAUUCCCAACGCCUGAUAUUGUCGCGCGGUGCGAUAUUCCUACGUUACGGACGGCGGGACUGAGUCAGCGCAAGGCGGAGUAUAUACAGGGGUUGGCGGAGAAGUUUGCUAGCGGGGAACUUAGUGCGAGGGGUUUGGCGACGGCAUCGGAUGAGGAGCUUGUUGAGAUGUUGACGGCUGUUCGGGGGUUGGGGAGGUGGUCUGUUGAGAUGUUUGCUUGUUUUGCGUUGAAGAGGAUUGAUGUUUUUUCGACGGGGGAUUUGGGGGUUCAACGUGGCUGUGCUGCUUUUGUUGGGAGGGAUGUUGGUAAGUUGAAGGGUAAGGGUGGUGGUAAGUUUAAGUAUAUGUCGGAAAAGGAUAUGCUAGAAUUGGCUGCCAAGUUUGCGCCGUAUAGGAGUCUUUUCAUGUGGUAUAUGUGGCGGAUUGAGAAUGUUGAUGUUGCUGUUCUUACAGGUUGA